AUGGCGAGCAUCAGCACUGGCAAUCCUCCUACAGCAGCAAUGACGGCAGACCAGGUCGUGGCCAAGCUCAAGAAGGACGGCAACUUUGACCAGCUCAGGAAGCUGGCAAUUGCGCGGCUCGCAGCUCGGGGCAAAACCGAGUGGCUUGCUGAAAACGCAGAGGAUGCUGCCGCGUCCUACAUUCGAUCGCUGGCGUCUGGGCCGGCCGUCCCGGAGCACCUGCAGUCGGCCGAGCUACGCCAAAAGCUUGAUCGAUCGGGCGUGUUUGAGAAGGUCAAGCCGGCAGUGGCCAGCAUUGUGCAGAACGACGACGAGCUCUGCAAGCAGUUGUUACUUGCCGUCCGACAGACUAUUGAUACGUUGCAACAAGAGCAACAACAACAGCAACAACAACAGCAACAACAGCAAUAGUACAUUCAGCAGGAAUGGCGCUGUUCUGGCGAUAACUCCAAAACUGGCAAACUUUGCUCUUUCCUCCCCCUCAAAAGCCAAGCAUAGGAAGUGUCACAUUCAUUACAAGAACCAAAAGCAAC